AUGCGAUUCCCCAUUGGCUUCAGACCCUUUCGCACCACAAUGUCAGGCGAAAAGAUCCUCGAAGGCUGCUUUGCCAUUCACAAGCCCGAGGGCGUCACCUCCGCAGAUGUCCUUCGCAAAUGCCAAGAGCACUUCAACCCCUCCAAAACCUUCGCCCCCUGGCUCCAAAACGAGCGCGACCGCCGUGAGCGCGAAAACAAAUUCCAGCAGAACCGCCGCCGUCAAAAGAAGAUCGAGGUGAAGAUCGGACACGGCGGAACCCUCGACCCGCUCGCAACAGGAAUUCUCAUCGCCGGCGUCGGAAAGGGAACCAAGUCCCUCAGCAGCUUCCUAGGAUGCACCAAGUCCUACGAGACCAUUGUGCUCUUCGGCGCCGAGACAGACACCUACGACCGUAUGGGCCGGAUCGUCCGCCGCGCGCCGUACGAGCACGUCACACGCGAGAAGGUCGAGGAAGCACUGAAGCAGUUCCGGGGUCCGAUCAUGCAGAAGCCGCCCAUUUUCUCUGCGUUGAGAAUCAACGGAAAGAGACUCUACGAAUAUGCGCGCGAGGGCAAGCUCCCGCCUGUGGAGAUCAAGUCUAGGCCCGUUGAGGCCGUGGAACUUGAGAUCGUGGAGUGGUACGAGCCCGGCACGCACGAGCACAAGUGGCCCAAGGAGAAGAUGGAGGGCGAGGAGAAGAGGGUUGCGGAGCAGCUGCUUGAUCAGCAAGCUGGUACUGCUGCUCCCGUCGCGGAGGCCGAGACCGCUGCUGCGUCUUCCAAGCGCAGUGCUGCAGACACGCCUGAGGUCGAGCACGGUGCCGAUAAGAAGCAGAAGAUUAGCGAGAGCGGCGAAGCCCAGGCGGCUGCUGCGGAAACUGCUGCUACUGAUGCCCCUGCCCCGGCCGCAGAUGCGGAAGCAGAGGCUGAUUAUUUGAGCUCGGACUCGGAAUCUACUGCUGGGGAUGGGACAAAGAAGCGCCGGCCCCAAGCGCCGGCUGUCAAGAUCCGGAUGACUGUUACCUCUGGUUUCUACGUGCGGUCUUUGGCGCAUGAUCUGGGUAAUGCGGUUGGCAGCUGUGCGCUCAUGAGCGAGCUUAUCCGAACUCGCCAGGGUGACUUUGAGCUCGUUCCUGAAAAGGUCUUGCAGUAUGAGGACUUGGCAAACGGUGAAGAAGUUUGGGGCCCGAAGGUUGAGGGUUUCCUUAGCGCUUGGGAGGAGAAAAUUGCUAGCCAGGCAGCUGAGGAUAUUAAAGCUAAGCAGGAGGCGGAAGAGACUAAAGCCAACCAGGCAGCAGAGGCGCAUAAACCCGACCAGGAGGUGGAUGCUCCUAAAGUCGAACAGGAAGCCGAUGCGACUAAAUAA